GGUUGAAACCUCCGAAGGACCCCAAAUAACGAAAGAAAUGGAGCUCAUGAUAAAAGGAGCCAAUGAAAAAGUGAAAAAAAUGGACGAACAGCAAAAUAACUUAAAAGAUUUUGUGGUGAAAGAGCUGGAAAAGUUAAAAAACAUGCUAAAACAGCUGGCAGAGUGUUAUCAAUUGAUGAGAGGCGGAGAAACGGACCUUGGUGCUGAAAUCGAAGAAGUUCGAGCUCUUUACCGAAAGGAAAUGUUACAAAGAAAACUGCUCUACAACCAGUUACAAGAGUUGCGAGGAAACAUUCGUGUGUUCUGCCGAAUCAAACCCGACAAGUCGAGUUGCUUGACCGUCUCGGACGAAUCGAUUUCAUUAGUGAAUGUGCACGGGAAGAAAAUGGAGUUUGAAUUCGAUAAGAUUUACGACCAGAAAGUUUCGCAGAGUGAUAUUUUUGAGAAUACCAAACCGAUCAUUACGUCUGCUGUUGAUGGCUACAACGUGUGUAUUAUUGCUUACGGUCAGACUGGCUCAGGAAAAACUUUCACGAUGAUGGGCCCAGAAAAAGAUCCCGGAGUCAACUUGAGGGCGGUGCAGGAGCUAUUCAGUGUAGCCAAAACUCGAGAGAAGGUCACGUUCAAAAUAACAGCGCAGAUGCUUGAAGUCUACAAUGAGCAGAUAAAAGACCUGCUUCGAGACCCCAAGGACCCAAAACCGGUAGACAUUAUCAUCCGAAUCAUGGGCAAAACUGUCAAAAUCGAGAACGCGGUCGAAACUGAAAUCACAGCUCCUGAUGAUGUGAAGAAAAUGAUCAAACGAGGCGACGUAAAUCGACACACAGCUCAAACCAAAAUGAACACAAAUAGUUCCAGGUCCCACUUGUUGCUGAAGAUCAAUGUUGAAAUAACCGAUAAAGUCACUGGAGGUCGAACUGUGGGAAGUUUGACCCUUGUUGACCUCGCGGGAUCGGAGAAAAUAGCAAAGAGCGGAGCUGAAGGCCAGACGCUUAUUGAAGCCGCGGCUAUUAAUAAAUCGCUGAGUUCACUUGGCCAAGUUUUUUCAGCUCUUAGAUCCAAAUCUGUUCACGUGCCCUACAGAAAUUCGAAGCUGACUCAACUUCUACAACCGUCGCUAGGGGGCGACGCGAAAGCAUGCAUUUUUGUAAAUUGCAGCCCGCUUGACAAUAACUCGUCGGAAACUUUGAGCACGCUUGAGUUUGGCCAAAAUGCGAGACAGGUUGAAUUGGGCAAAGCUGGUCAGAAUAUCGUCGCAGGACCCGGAAAACCGCCUGGGGCAGAAGCAGGACCCGGAAAACCGCCUGCGGCAGGAGCGGGACCCGGAAAACCGCCUGCGGCAGGAGCGGGACCCGGAAAACCGCCAGCGGCCAAAAAAUAAAUAUCAGUUUUUGUGAACAAACGACCCAUCUCUUAAUGGAAACUUUGGUAAUGUGAAAUUAAGUAUUCAGAGCAUGAACCAGCCUGAUUAGAAAAUUCUUAUUUUUGAGAAGUUAAUGAAAUCUGAACUCUUAAAUUAGCGGACACCGUUUUCGAUGGAUUGUUUUUUAUCUAGGUUUGUUCACGAAUUUUAUAGCUCGACAAGUCACAGCUAUUUAAAAUAUUUUAACUUUUCUGACCCGGUAACAUUUAGUUACAUUUUUUGUCGCCCCAAAAGCCAAUAUAUGAAACGUUCUUUAAUAUGACCAAUUAAAGUGAAAUAAAUAAUUGUUAAAAGUAUUCUCUGUCGCUAACCCAAUGUAUUGAUUUGAUUUGACUGCCUCAAUACAAUUUUUCUUCGCU